AUGAUUGCAGAAAACUCUAGCAGCAUAGUAGGUUCCUCACUCCUUGAACGUAAUGGAUCAUUCGGAAUAUUAAUCACUGAUGAUGUUCUGUAUAUCGGCGAUUCAGAUAACGAUCGAACCGUUAUCAUUCAUUGUGAAUCUGCUGUAAACAUUUCUAUUAUCGGUUAUGAUCCAAAUCUUCUAAACUCACUCCAUGAUCUUAUUGUCUUAAAAAGUUCGCUCUAUGUUGUCGAUACAAGUAAUGGUCGAGUGUUACAAAUGCCACUCGAUGGUUCGAACUUAACUAAUGUGACUUGUGCAAUCAACUUAUGA